UUUGACCAAGCAAAAAUAGGCUGGGAUGAAAUGUCACCAACCAAAGCACGGGAAACACGUCCAUUUCACAUGUGAUUGGUUAUUGGAGGGGCUGGAGAAAUACUCCCAUUCUUUGGAGGUCCGGAGGCGGGGCAUAAAAAGUAAUGGUCAUCUAUUUAGGGUCUGGUCAGGGAAUAUUUGUCGUCGGACUAUCGUAAAUCCUAAUGUUUAGCGCCCCUAAAUGCAUGCCGUGAUGUUGUAGCUCCGGUGCAAUCGUUUUCGUUAAGCGCGAUCGUUUGAUUUCAGUCGCCUUCGGUUCGAAAAUGGUUAAUACGUUGCCUUAACUUGACACCGCAAUUCAGGGUUAAGCAGGCUGCUAGCCACGCUAGCUACCAGGUCUCCAGCCAACAUUUGGAACCUUCGAAAGGGCGUUUUUUGACGGUUCUGUUGAGUCCAUCCCAUGCGGAGUUUUCUUCUACGCAGUCUUUCCUGGUCUUGGCUACAUUUACAACUCAAGAUGGACGGCAAAUACUUUGCUACAUAUUGACGACGAAUAUUAAAGGAUUUAGAGCAAGUUGGUCUUCAUGGGAAAAGUUGUACUCAGGAUUAACAAUUGGUACAAUUGGUGUAGAAGAAAGGUGUGAAAGUCUUACCCCCCAACCUACAGCGUAUGCCAAAAUCUCAGUGAUGGAGUCUACGGCUGUGAGCACCUCAUCUCUGGCCCCUGAUGAGUUUGACAGGAACGCCCCUCGCAUCUGCGGGGUAUGUGGGGACAAGGCCACCGGCUUCCACUUCAACGCCAUGACUUGCGAGGGCUGCAAGGGCUUUUUCAGACGGAGCAUGAAGCGAAAAGCCAGCUUCACCUGUCCCUUCAACGGCAGCUGCACCAUCACCAAGGACAACCGGCGCCACUGCCAGGCCUGCCGGCUCAAGCGCUGCGUGGACAUCGGCAUGAUGAAAGAGUUCAUCCUGACGGACGAGGAGGUGCAGAGGAAGAAGGACCUGAUCCAGCGGAGGAAGGACGAGGAGGCGCAGCGCGAGGCGCAGCGCGAGGCCCAGAAGCCCCGGCUGACGGAGGAGCAGAGCCAGGUCAUCGCCUCGCUGGUGGAGGCCCACCACAAGACCUACGACGACUCCUACUCCGAUUUCAACCGCUUCCGGCCUCCGGUACGUGAGGGUCCAGUGACGCGCAGCGCCAGUAGAGCCGCCUCUCUCCACUCUCUGUCCGACGCCUCCUCGGACUCUUUCAGUCACUCUCCAGAGUCUGUGGACACCAAGCUGAUGAACUUCAGUAACCUGCUGAUGAUGUACCAGGAGCAGGGCGGCGGCCCGGAGUCCAACGAUGAGGAAGGCUCGCGCCUCUCCAUGCUCCCCCACCUCGCCGACCUUGUCAGCUACAGCAUCCAGAAGGUCAUCGGCUUUGCCAAGAUGAUACCGGGCUUCAGAGAUUUGACGGCAGACGACCAGAUCGCCCUCCUCAAAUCCAGCGCCAUCGAGGUGAUCAUGCUGCGCUCCAACCAGUCCUUCAACCUGGAGGACAUGUCCUGGAGCUGUGGAGGCCCCGACUUCAAGUACUGUGUCAACGACGUCACUAAAGCCGGCCACACGCUGGAGCUGCUGGAGCCACUGGUGAAGUUCCAGGUGGGCCUGAAGAACCUCAACCUUCACGAGGAGGAACACGUGCUGCUCAUGGCCAUCUGUCUGCUGUCCCCAGACCGCCCGGGGGUCCAGGACCACGCCCGCGUGGAGAACCUCCAGGACCGCAUGUCGGAGACCCUCCAGGCCUACAUCCGGCUGCACCACCCCGACGGGCGGCUCCUCUACGCCAAGAUGAUCCAGAAGCUGGCCGACCUGCGCAGCCUGAACGAGGAGCACUCCAAGCAGUAUCGCUCGCUGUCCUUCCAGCCGGAGCACAGCAUGCAGCUCACGCCGCUGGUCCUGGAGGUGUUCGGCAGCGAGGUGUCCUAAACAACAUACCCCCCCUUCCGCCCCUCCCCCCCCCCCCCCCCCCCCCCCCCCUCCACCCUGUCACCUUUUGGAGAGAUGGCAGAACCGUGAAAGGAAAAAAGGUGACCAAAUCCCUGGUGGCGAGGAGGAGGAGGUG